CUGCAAAACGCAUUGAUUAUACUCUCGCAACGCCGUUUCCCCGCCCCCCCCUUUUUUUUGUAUCACAAAGUAUGGACCGCAUUCAGUCAUUUAUCGAAGCUAAGGAUUACAACUCACUAGUUGGAGCUUGUGAACGAAUCGAAUUACAGCGUGCCACCGUACCAAACGAUCAGUGGGACAUCGAAGAGAUUUAUGCUUUGCUUCUUUUGGGCUAUGUGUUGAUUGACGAUCUCAACUCAGCACGAUAUCUUCGCAAACGUAUUCUGUCAUCCAACAGACGUACUGAGCAGAUCGAUGCCGCGUGGCGUAUAUGCGCAGCACUUUGGGAACGUCAGUUUCAAUCAUGCUAUCAAGCACUCAAUGAAUACCAGUGGUCAAACCGAGCAGCACCGCUUGUCGUAGAUAUCCGAGAAACGUUACAGAAACGAGUACUGGCACUUAUUCGAAAAGCAUAUACCUCUAUUCACAAAGCUGACGCGGCACAAUACUUUGGCAUUUCAGAAGAUGAGGUGGUUCCUGCAUUAAUGAGCGAAGGAUUCGAGUACAAUGGCGAAUCAGGCAUAUUAACCGCACCGAAAUUGAUACCUGUCAAACAAGGACGUGCGGAUUUGGAUCAGUUCUCGCGACUCGCUAACGUGGUGUUGCAGCUGGAAAACCAUUAGCAGGAACGUGUGUAAAAAGAGGAGUGCCCCUACUGCAGCUGUAAUGUACUAUAAAUUUAUCGGAUGAUUUAUAAGCUGUAUGACGCAGUAUAUAUACCGAGG